UUAUAAAGUACUUAGAUUUAAGGAAUUUAUUAAUAUACAAUUAUGGAACUAUAUUAAGUCUCUCAUAUACACAUUGUAAAAUAGAAACUGUUCUUAUAAGAGACUUUUUAAGUAUGUCGUGCAAAGCAAAAAUGUCUCUUUUGCCCAUAGAACGUGGAAGCCACCUAUGGCAUUUGUUUUGCUGCCUAUGAACUUGUGAAGUUAUAUGAUAAAUAGAAUAUUAAGAUAAUAUGGCGACUAAUCCUAGUAAAUUGGAUGUCAUUGACUCCAAGUUAUCAAGUGAAGAUACUGAAGGUUACAAAUUGAGAAAACGUGAGUAUGAUCUGACUUUAAAUGAGCAUUGGGAAUUUGAAGUUGUACCUGACGUAUUUAAACAGUCAUUGAAUAGUACUGAUGAAACAUCAUUUAAUUAUUUAGAUGAAAAUUUCGGGAUUUUACAUAGUUGGGAUGAUAUUAUUACCAAGUUGAAUACUUUAAAUAAGAAUAUAGAAGAUAAAACUAAGACUCAGUAUAAGUUACUAUUUUUAUCGAGACAUGGCCAGGGUUAUCAUAAUUUAGCUCAUGCCAAAUAUGGUAAUGACGCAUGGAAUGAUUAUUGGUCUAAAUUGAAUGGUGAUGGAAAAAUCGUUUGGGGUCCAGAUCCAUUAUUAACCGAUUUAGGUAAAAGUCAAGCUAAAGAAAACAGUGAAUUCUGGAAACAACAACUAAGAAAUAAUAAAAAUAAAAAUCAAGAUUUGAUUAAACCUACUGCUUUUUUUGUAAGUCCAUUAUCUCGUUCCAUAGAUACCUUGAUUGGUACAUGGGGUGAUAUUAUUGAUAUUAAAGCUAUCAAACCUUUAAUUCAAGAUAAUUUAAGAGAAACUGCGGGUGUUCAUACAUGUGAUAAGAGAUCAAGUCGUACAAUAAUUGCCCAAAAAUAUGAAUCUAAAGGAUUCGUUAUUGAACCAGGAUUUGUUGAAGAAGAUGUGUACUUCAAACCUGAUUAUCGUGAAACAGUUGGAGAACAAAGUUUAAGAAUUUAUAAACAAUUUCAAUUCUUAUUUAAUGGAUAUCCUAACGAUGAAGUUAUUAGUAUUACUUCUCACAGUGGUACAAUCAGGGCACAACUUUUAGUUUUAGGCCAUAGAUCUUUUGCAGUUGGAACUGGUGGAAUAAUUCCUGUUUUUGUUAAGGCAACAAAAGUAGAAAAAAAAUAGACUGAUAGAGCGUAGAUACUCAAAUUUUAUAUAUGUAGUAACAAAAGAGACAGUGAAUCUAAUAUUACAGUAAAUGGAAUGUUAAAAAUAAUAAUUCAUAUUGUUGGUGAAAUAAUACGUCAAAUAAAAGGAUCUUCGAAUAGAUCUAUAGUACCUUAUUUUGAAAAAAUUUUACAUUUGUAGACAUUUAACGUUCAAGGAGCCUUAAAAAUACUUUGACACAAAGUAAGUUGUUAAAGUGGUUUUAUUAAUAUUGCUCG